AGUCAGUCUUUUAGAAAGAAGAACAGCAGAGAAAAUCAAACCUAUGAAAGAAAAACAGAAAAGUCAGUAUUUUGGGAUGAAUCUGCUUUUGGAUUUUAAACUUUUAGUUGGUGUUUCCUCAAGGAUGAACUGAAGAAAACAUCAAGAAGAUGAAAUUAGAUAAACACAAGAGCAUCAGAUGAAAAGGAGAGCAACUCCUGUAAGCAUUUGAGCAUCACUGUGGUAUAAUAGAAAGUAUAAUGGCCUGGGAAUCCAAAUCCCAGGGUUGGAUUCCAGUUGUACCAUCAAGUUGCAGCGUGAUCUUGAGAAUGCCAUCAGAAUCCAACAUGGAGUCACCAGGAAUAGGAAAAAUAGGCUAUAGUAGUCCCUUCACGUGCUAAACCUAUUCAAAAACUGGUGACAAGCACUUGGAACCCAAGUUUUGCAUAUUUGCUCUGCUCCCAUCUUCUGCCUCUAAGCAUCUGGAGAGAUAGGAGGAGCACCAGGGACCCUGUGACUUCACUAUAGGGCACAAAUGAAUGCCCACCUUCCAUUCUACAGCCUUGGGUAAAUCCAUGGAAUACUGGAGCUGUAAUCAUUCUAAGAGUACUUCCAAGGUUAUUCUGCAAAACACUAAGUCUGAGAGAGAGCCACAACAAAAAUGUGAUCAACCGUUAGAGAAAUGUGGGACAAACAGAAAUGAAGUUUCAGAAAUCAGUGAUGAUAACAGUGCUGUUCAAGGAAAAAAGAAAGGUGGAAAAAUUUCCCAGGGUAAUCUUGGCAGGAAGAAUCUUCAUUAUGAGCAUACUGGGUAUAAACUGCUUCCUUCGAAACUCCAGGAGGGAGAUCGAAAUGUGGCAAUAAGCACUCAAACCACCCGCCGCAAUAAGAAGAGAGGGAAAUGGCAUAAUGAAGAGCAAAUCCAUAUUACUGUGUGGAAAGAUACAAAACCUGAAGAGAGAGAAACAGGAGAGGACACACAAGGAAAAACAAUGGGCAACUGGUUCAAGGUUACGAUUCCACAUGGGAGAAAGUAUGACAAGGCAUGGCUAAUGAAUACAGUCCAGAGCCAUUGCAUUGUCCCCUUCACCCCGGUGGAUUUCCACUACAUCAGAAAUCAGGCCCGGUUCUUUGUACAGGAUGUUAAAACUGCUUCUGCAUUAAAGGAUAUCAGCUACAAGAUUUGUGAUGAGGAGAACCGAAAGAUAUCUGUCUUUGUCAAUACUUCUGCUGUACCUUACUCUAUGCAGAAUAAGUUCACGCCAGAACAAAUGGAGCAGCUAAAGCUGACUAUGAGCAAACGAUAUGAUGUCUCCCAGCAAGUUCUCAACCUCCAAAAGCUCCGUUUUGACUCAGACUUGGUGGGCCAUGACAUUCACAUGAUCCUGAAUCGAAGAAACUGCAUGUUUGCCACCUUGCAGAUCAUUGAAAGUAAUUUCCCUGAGCUGUUGUCCUUGAACAUGCAAAACAACAAACUGUACCAGCUGGAUGGCCUGUCUGACAUUAUAGAGAAGGCUCCCAAAGUCAAGAUACUAAACCUUUCCAAAAACGAGCUGAGGACCACCAAGGAAUUGGACAAGCUGAAAGGGCUGAAGCUGGAAGAGCUGUGGCUAGAAGGGAACCCCUUGUGCAGUACUUUCCCAGACCAGUCUGCCUAUGUAAGUGCUAUCCAGGAUUGUUUCCCCAAUUUGUUACGCCUGGAUGGCCAGGAGAUAUCCACACCAGUUGUCAUUGACCCUGAUGCCCCCAAAUUAAUAAAACCCUGCAAGGAAAGCUAUAAAGGAUCUGAGACCUUAAAGAAUCUAGUUCUGCAAUUCCUACAGGAAUAUUACCUGAUCUAUGACUAUGGAGAUCGACAGGGUCUACUUAGUGCUUACCAUGAUGAGGCCUGCUUCUCUCUGACCAUUCCCUUCAACCCCAAGGACCCAGCCCCAAAUAGCUUGUGCAAGUACUUCAAGUAUAGUAGGAAUAUGAAGAAGCUCAAGGAUUCCAACAUGAGGAGACAACUGCUGAAACACACAAAACAUGACAUCGUGGACUACCUCAGUGUGUUGCCCAAAACUGAGCAUGACUUCAGUUGCCUUAUGGUAGAUAUGUGGUUCCAGACGGAAACAAUGCUCUGCUUUUCUGUGAAUGGGGUGUUCAAGGAAGCAGAAGGAAAGUCUCAAGGAUGUGUUCAUGCCUUCACCCGGACCUUCAUUGCUAUCCCUACCAACAAUUCCAGUAUAUGCAUCAUGAAUGAUGAGUUGAUUGUGAGGAAUGCCAGCCGUGAUGAGAUCCAGAGCUCUUUCUCCAUCCCAAUGCCUGCACUGUUUUCCACCUCCAUGCCUACCCUCUCCCAGGAGCAGCAGGAAAUGGUGAAGGUUUUCUCUACACAGUCUGGGAUGAAACUUGAAUGGUCUCAAAAGUGCCUUGAAGACAACGAGUGGAACUACACCAGAGCUGGUCAGGUCUUCAUUAUGCUUCAGGGGCUGUGGACGGAUGGAAGGAAGGAAAUUAGGUAGGUGAGGGCUCACAUAUUUUACUUCUCAUUCCUAAUCAUGUGAGCAUUUUCAUAGACCGUACCAUGCUUAGCUUUGUGAGAUGCACAUAGGUAAAUGGGAAAUGGGCUUUUCCACAGCUUUUCCCACCCUUCCAUCUGUCUCCCUACCCAGCUUUCCACCCUUUCCCUUUCCUGAAGGUGCUCUGGGAGGAGUUUGCAGUCAGCACUUGCAGGGGAAGAAUCAGCAUGUCUGCCCAGUGCAUCCCUCACAGAGCUGAUAGCAGGUGCUCAGGGCCAUGAUCUUGAGUGGCUUUAACCACAUGUGUUGUGUUCAUUGACAAAUAACAACAAUGGUGUGGUCCUAUGGGAUAUUCCUAUUGACUGGCAGUUAGAAGUUCCAAAUUCCAUGCAAUUGUUGAACAUGCCAUCUGCAUACUAUAUUCUUCACACUUCUGGAAUGCUUGCACUUUAGAAAACAGGUAUAAUUUUUUAAAGUAAAAUAAUAGCAGUACAAGAUUUUCAAGUUGUUAUCCUAUAAAUGACAUGGGUGAAGCACCACCAGUUGGCAAUAAUUGCCUGUACUUCUUGGGUGUUUGGCAGAAAUAAUUUCUUACCACUUGACACUUUUGGAUUUUUAUAUAUGCUUCCAGUAGGGAGCCAGAUAUUGAAGUGUGGAUUUCUGAAAAAUUGGUACUGAGGCAACAGUUGGCAUUACAUAAAGAAUAAUGACAACUGUUCUUCCAAAUAGGACCUCAGUGGUCAGAGCCAAGCUCCUGCAACUCACUAAGCCUUGGCCUUCUUACAUUGGGAACAGAGAUUACACCACAUACUUCUUGGCCUCAUAGGAAGGGAUAGAGAUGGCCUCACAUGGUAUUGAACAAUCGCAGUGUCUGGCUCAACUCAGGCUCUCUCAGCUAUCUGGGUUCCCUAGUAGGCAGGAGCCAUGGAAACCAUGGCAUGGAUCCUCUACUUCCUCUACCAUCAGGCUUCCACAUCCUCAAACUCCUUCCCUAGCCAGAUCAGAAAGCAUGGUUUCCUUCCAAUCACCCACCUGCUAAUUCCCACAGCUAUCAUUAGGCCCAUGCCACCAGGCAAGCAAAUGCUAACCCUGAGAUGCCCCCCAGGUGAGUUGGUAUAUAAAUAUGUACACACACAAACACGCACACACUUCUAUCUACAAAUAUUCCCUUAGGAUAUUUCUUGGAAGAGUAAAUGAUGAUUCUAAUAUUGUUACUGAAAUUUGUGGUUUGGGGACAGCAGGUAUACUUAUACAUUGUUUAUGAACAUCUACUUAAGCAUAUUUAUUUUUAGUGCCCACACAGAACAAUUGCAUCCUAUAUACAUACAUAUUUACACAUAUAAAUAUUUUAUAUAGAGAUAAAUAUUUUAGAGAGAUUCAUAAUGCAUGUACCCAUUUAUAUCCAUUAUUGACACAAAGUUGUUUACAAUCACACAUGCUAUCAAUUUUAUAGGAUAUAUGUGAUGAUCUUUUAUUCUUGACAUUGUUAAUUUGGGGUUAAUUGCAUAUAGUGUCUGGUGAGAGAACUGAUUAGUGUAGGAGUCAGCAAAUGGAAGCUGUGGCCAGCAAGGUCCAUCUACAGCUCCUAUGUUCAUUUCCCUGGGUCCUUAAACAGUCUGCUUAGGGAUAAGGUGAGAAGGAUGCUGAGACUACAGAACUCACAUGAGCUUAGAUCUAAUAGUGGUAUUAUUUUCCAUAUGUCACUUCCCUUCCUGUCCAUCACGUACAAAAGCAUCAAGUUCAUGGACACCUCCAAAAAAGUGCACCUCUUACAAAGGUUACAUGUGAGGGUAGGUAGUGGACUUCUGCCCGUGACCCAUCAGGGCCCAGCAGCCUCUGUGGGGAAGGGGACCCAGGAGUGCCUACAGGAACACCAGGGACAGUGGCCCUGAUGAUGCUCUUUUCCAGAACUCACUCCAAUUGUGUGCCUCUCCUCAGAAUACCCUUGGGUCCUGCUUAUUACUCUUCACUCCUAACUCUUUGUUCCAAAAUCUGUUUCUGAACUGAUCCCCAUACUCCUGGGACGCCGCCCAUAGCUCCAACCCUCAGCCCUAUGCUUAACUGCUGAUUAUCAUUGUAAACAUGGAUUCCUUUCCUCCUAUUUUGCUUCUCAGAAGGCUUAGCAUUAUUCCCCUCCACACAGACUUCCCUUUCACACAUUACCCCUUGUGAUUAUACCCUCCCAUAACCUGUCUACUGGAGAAAACCAGAAGGUAGUUGUGAACCCUUCACUCCCACAGUGAAUAUACAAAGGCAUGAAACUCAGACUCAGAACAGGAAAUGUUAGACACUAGUCCCCACCCUCACCAGAAUAUAAAAACAUAGAGAAAGUUGGGGCUGGGGUUGUGGCUUAGUGGUAGAGUGCUCGCCUAGCAUGCACAAGGCACCAGGUUCCAUCCUCAGCACCACAUAAAUAUAAAAUAAAGAUAUUGUAUCCACCUAAAGCUUAAGAAUAAAUAUUUAAAAAAUAGAGAAAGUGUCUGGGUGUUUUAGCAUCCUAAACUGCAUCAAAGGAAUGUGAUGAUGAAAUGGUAGGAAGACACACUUUCUGGGGAUUGGGAAAGUUGUGCUAAGGCCUUAAAAUCUACAUUUGUAACAGGAUCCAGCUGUGAUACUUAAUUUUAUAGGUCAAUUUGGGUAGGUGACAAUACUCAGAUAUUUGGUAGAACAUUUUUAAUGUUUCUGUGAUGGCAU